AUGGAAACGGCACGCAGAUGUCGGGGGCAGAGCCCGAGCCGGGAAGGCGGGCGCUCUAAGCCGGCCACCGCCGGAGCGGGAGGCCCGAUCCCAGGAGCAGAGCGGCGCCGCUCCGCCUCGGACUCCGUGGCCAAGUGUGAGUUCUUCAACGCGGGCGGGAGCGUGAAGGACCGCAUCAGCCUGCGAAUGGUUGAGGAUGCUGAGCACGAGGGGACCCUGAAGCCUGGGGACACCAUCAUCGAGCCGACGUCGGGGAACACAGGGAUCGGGCUGGCCCUGGCCGCCGCGGUGAAGGGCUACCAUUGCAUCAUCGUGAUGCCAGAGAAGAUGAGCACUGAGAAGGUGGACAUCCUGCGUGCCCUGGGGGCUGAGAUCGUGAGGACGCCCACCAACGCCAGAUUCGACUCCCCAGAGUCACAUGUGGGCGUGGCCUGGAGGCUGAGGAACGAGAUCCCCAAUUCUCACAUCCUGGACCAGUACCGCAAUGCCAGCAACCCUCUCGCUCACUACGACAUCACGGCCGAGGAGAUCCUGCAGCAGUGUGACGGGAGGCUAGACAUGCUGGUGGCGUCGGCGGGCACGGGGGGCACCAUCACGGGCAUCGCCAGGAAGCUGAAGGAGAAGUGCCCUGGAUGCAAGAUCAUCGGGGUGGACCCCGAAGGCUCCGUCCUCGCAGAGCCCGAGGGGCUGAACCAGACGGAGCAGACGGCCUACGAGGUGGAAGGGAUCGGCUACGACUUCAUCCCCACCGUGAUGGACCGGACGGUGGUGGACAGGUGGUUCAAGAGCAACGACGAGGAAGCCUUCGCCUUCGCCCGCAUGCUGAUCGCGCAGGAGGGGCUGCUGUGCGGCGGCAGUUCCGGCAGCGCCAUGUCGGUGGCCGUGAAGGCGGCCCAGGAGCUGAGGGAGGAGCAGCGCUGCGUGGUGAUCCUGCCGGACUCCGUGCGGAACUACAUGUCCAAGUUCCUGAGCGACAAGUGGAUGCUGCAGAAGGGCUUCAUGAAGGAGGAGGACCUCUUGGUGAAGAAGCCAUGGUGGUGGCACCUCCGGGUUCAGGAGCUGAGCCUGUCGGCCCCGCUGACGGUGCUACCCACGGUCACCUGUGAGCACACCAUCGACAUCCUCCGGGAGAAGGGCUUCGACCAGGCGCCCGUGGUGGACGAGUCGGGGGCAGUCCUGGGGAUGGUGACCCUGGGGAACAUGCUGUCAUCCCUGCUCGCGGGGAAGGUUCAGCCAUCGGACCAAGUUCGAAAAGUCAUCUACAAGCAGUUCAAACAGAUCCACCUGACGGACCCUCUGGGCAAGCUCUCGCACAUCCUGGAGAUGGACCACUUCGCCCUGGUGGUCCACGAGCAGAUCCAGUACCACAGCCACGGGGAGUCCAGUAAGAGGCAGAUGGUGUUCGGAGUUGUCACUGCCAUCGACUUGCUGAACUUCGUGGCUGCCCGCGAGCGGGACCAGAAGACAAAGUCAGGAAGUGGAGGUGCCGGGGCCGCGGCCCAGCUCUGACUACCCCCCGAGGUUGCGCGGCUGUUCUCUUUUGCUUUCAUAAACACUAAACAAACAAACACAUGAUUUUUAGCCACCUGGCACCGGGCAUCACUCUGUCACAGUGGGUAGCAAGGGUGCUCACUGCUUAGCCCGGGCCCGGCAGAGACGUUAUAGUUCCCCGUCAUUAACACUUGGCCACCUAAAUGAAUCUAUUUAUGAUUUAUUCGACGAGAUGUGUUUUUCUUUAACUAACUUUCUCUUAAGAUGUUUCAGCAAGCAAAUCUUUUAAAAGAGAACUCAGCCAGGCGGAUGGACCCCUGCCAUGACUGGGGUAGGGGCACUGAAGGCAGAGGCCAGUCCUUUCCCAGGAGUCCAGAGGGGGGAGCAGAAGAUUGGGGCCCAGGAAGCGUGGGUCGGUGCUGUGGCCCUUCUCCCAGCAGCGUGGUCCACUUGGGGAUGGGUUGGUUGGAGUGGCUUGAGUGUUUGGGGUUUUUUAAUUGAGGUGACAUCCACUUAACCUAAAAUGAUCAAUUUUUAGAUGUGUAAUUCAGUGGCGUUUAUUAGAGGUCGUCCAGCCACCACCUCUGUCGAGUUCCAGAACAUUUCAUCCCCCCAUUAAGCAGUCACUCGCCUCUCCCCUCCUCUCCUGGCGCCCACUACUCUGCUUUCCAUCCCCAUGGAUUUACCUGUUUUGGAUAUUUCAUAUAAAAAGAAUCAUACAAUCUGUGACCUUUCGUGUCUGGCUUAUUUCACUUUGCCUGAUGUUUUUGAGAUUCAUUCACACUGUCGCAUGAAUCAGUACUUCAUUUUUGUGGCUGAACAGUAUUCCUGAUACGGGUAGACCACAUUUUGUUUAUCCAUCGUCAGCUGAUGGACGUUUGGGUUGUUUCCACUCUUGGGCUGUUGUGACUAGUAGUGCUGUGCACCUUCGUGUACAGGUAUUUGUUUGAACACCUGUGUUUGGUUCUUUUGGUUAUAUACCCAGGACUGGAAUUGCUGGGCCACGUGAUAAUUCUGUGAUUAAUUUUGGGGGGAGCCACCAAAUUGUGUUCCACGGUCGCACCGUUUUACGUCCCCGCCCGCAGUGCAUGAAGGUUCCAGUGGCUGCACAUCCUCACCAACACUUAUCUUCUGGGUUUUGUUUUUUAUAGCUAUGAUAGUGGGUGCAAAGUGUUAUCUCACUGUGGUUUUGAUUUGCAUUUCCUUAAUGACUAAUGAUAUUGAGCAUCUUCUUAUGUGCUUGUUUGGUCAUUUGUGCAUCUUCUUUGGAGAAAUGUCUGUUCAAGUCCUUUGCCCAUUUUAAAAUUGAGUUGUUUGCCUUUUGCUGUUCAGUUGUAGAAGUUCUUUAUAUAUUCUGGAGACUAGAGCCUUAUCAGACAUGUGAUUUGCAAAUAU